GUCAUACGCGGAGAUCUCGCGAGAGCGCUGCGGUCGCUCAGCAGCAUUCGCUUUUGCAGCAGGCUGAGGGAGACGGAUAAAGAAGGAAAGCGGGGAGGCUGCAUCAUGGCGGAUAGAGACAGUGGAAGUGAGCAUGGUGGAUUCGCCACAGGCCCCGGCGCCGGCCCGAUGCACCCGGGUGCGGUGGGCGCAGCAUCGCGGCUCCAGCACGACACGGAGGAGCUCGCCUCGAAGCGCGUUGACAUUCAGAACAAACGCUUCUAUCUCGACGUUAAACAGAACGUCAAGGGCCGUUUUCUGAAGAUAGCAGAGGUCGGGGCCGGGGGAAACAAGAGCCGCCUGACUCUCUCCAUGUCGGUAGCCGUAGAGUUCCGCGACUAUUUGGGAGACUUCAUCGAACACUACGCCCAGCUGGGCCCCAGCAACCCCGACAUGGUGCAAGACGAGCCAAGGAGGGCGCUUAAGAGCGAGUUUCUGGUGCGAGAGAACAGAAAGUACUACAUGGAUCUGAAGGAGAACCAGAGGGGAAGGUUUUUGAGGAUCCGACAGACCGUGAAUCGGGGGCCCGGACUGGGAACAUCGCAAGGCCAGACUAUCGCUCUUCCAGCCCAGGGACUAAUCGAGUUCCGUGACGCUUUGGCUAAACUCAUCGACGACUUCGGCGUAGACGAGGACCCCGCGGAGCUACCAGAGGGCACCUCGUUAACUGUGGAUAACAAACGCUUCUUCUUUGACGUGGGCUCCAACAAGUACGGAGUUUUCAUGCGGGUCAGCGAGGUGAAGCCCACCUACCGCAACUCCAUCACGGUGCCCAGCAAAGUGUGGUCCAAAUUCGGAUCGACGUUCUGCAAAUACGCGGACGAGAUGAAAAAGAUCCAGGAGAGGAGCAGAGAGAGAAGAGCGCGCGAGAUGCAACCCGAGGGCCUGCACGGGGACGACGUGGACGAGGAUUAAUGGAUAUAUAUAAAUAUAUAUAUAUAUAUAUACAUACACAAACACGAUGUAUAUCCGCGGAGAAUAGGACAUUAUAUAAAAAGAGAUAUAACGAAUGACAUGAUAAUCAAACGUUACUGUAAUGCGAGACGUGAGAUAGAUUUUCAAGGGAUCGCUCAACACACAACCCUCACAGACUUUAACAGUUGCAUCUCUUCACCCAUCGCCGGAUGUCACCCACUUACUCACCAUUUAACAGCUUUGUGACAAUUGCUGUUUGGCAGAAAUCUAUGAAGUUCUUCUACAUAAUGAAGUCUAUUUUGUCUGUGUUACAGAAGGUUUACUAAAGUAAAUUGCAUGAUGAGUAAGUAGUGCACCAACUGUUAUUUUCUUUAGUUGGUUAAAAUGUCUAAUGAAAAAAUACUGUGAUGAUUAUUCUCAUGUGUGUACCCAUGUUAAACUUACGUCAUACAUUCUAAGGUAUUCUGUUCUGCCUUCCCUACAUCAUGAAUAUGGUGCUUAAAUUGGCUUAGAAACCUGUCGUGUACUCUUCAUCACGACCACCGUUCUCCUCUGCAUCCUAUGUUUGCUCCCUUGCUGUUUGCGUGUUUUGACGACUUUAUUCAAAAAUUUACCUUCAUGGUAACAAGUGUGUUUUUGUACAGGUACGUAUGUUGUUUUUGAGUUGGAAAGCCUUUGUGUCUGAAAAUGACUAAUUGCAAUAAAAUCAUUCAUUCCUCCCUGA